AUGGCCCACGCUGAAGAGGCAGCAGCCUCGCCAGCCCAGCCAUCUCCCACUCCAGCCGCAACCCCGGCCGCUGACCUCGAGGAGAUUGUGAUGCCGCCGAACUUCACUCACAACCCCAAAGAAAUCCAAUCUGUUCGACGCUACGUUCGACGCAUUGAAGCCAGUCGCAAUUUGUUGGGAGACUUGGCCAACCUACUCGAAGAAGCCAUCAAGGUUUGCGACGCGUCUGCCAUCAAGGAUCAUCUCCAUGAGAGAGCCAAUCCACCACGCGGUGGUCAGCAUAAGGUACUUCGUGCGGGAGAUAUCAAGGCCGCCAGGGAGUUCUUUGGUGCAACCAAGGGCGCAAACCUCACUCGAAGUGCUUCAAAGCCUGCUGCUCAGCGUGAGGAUGACCGUGAGAUUGGAGCGACGGAUGACGAUGACGAUACUAUGGCCUACGAGCAUUCUCGUAGAGGAGGUCUCACAAGCAUCUUGGCUUCCAUCAGUUUACAGAAGCUCUCAGAUGCCGCCCUUGAGCAUGGAGCCACCGCAGAUGGUAUCGUCGCCGCCAAUCACAACGAAAACACCAUCGCGCUGGCCGAGUCCACUUCACCCGAAGAGGCUCCUGCAACACCCUCACCAUUGCCUUAUCCGCCCACCAACAAGCGAGACCGUUCUAUCUCAUCGACGUCCGUCAACCCGUCCAACAAACGUGUCUGCAACGAGGCGGCAUCAUCUCUGCAGCCUCUUCAGCCAGCCGCUCCUACUCUUCCCAUGAUGACUGAUCAGCACAAUUCUGACGACCAUUCUGCGCUGAUCCAGGCGACUGACGCUUUUCAUCAUCACCUGGAGAUGCAUGUGCAAGACUUGCGCAAGCAACACGAGCAACGCCUCGGCAUUGUGGAACUUCAACAGCACCACAUAAACCACGAGCUCGAGAUCUACCAACCCAGCCUCGAGGCUUAUCGGAUCGCACAAGAAUAUUCCCUCCAAGCCGAGGCGAAAGUCGAAAACCUCCGAGCGGAUAAAGAGAAACUCAAUACCCUCCUCAAAAGUCUCGCCGACUCGAAAGAUCUCUGGAUGGCAUUCUCCGCUGAGAAGUUUGAGGCCAUGGAGCAAGACUUGGUGGCUCAGUUGGCCGCCAAAGUCAGCGCUCUCGAGGAAGCUGAGGCGGAACUUGGUGCGGCUCAGUUGACAUGCCAUCAGACAGAAGAGGCUGCGCGCCCUGCUCUGGAGUUUAUGAACAAGGAGACGCCCCAGCUCGAGGAGAAAAAGACAACUGCUGAGAGACUCAGCGUGUAUGUCACGUACACCGAGUUUCUUCAACUUUUGGUCAGAACUAGUCCUUCGGCCAUUGCAACUCUUGACAAUUUACUCCAGGAGAAGGGUUCGUCGCUCCAAGAACUUCGUGCGGUGAUUGAACAGCAUGGACAGUUCGCCCAGGUGGAUGGCCAGCAGGCUGACGUACCCUUGGCCUGA